AUGAAAUCUACAUCUUUUAAGUGCACAUGUAUCAUUUCCCAACACAGUCCCGGCCAUGUACUAGCUUGUACAUCUUGCAGCCGCAUUUGUUCUCUAAUUCAGUUUCACCUCUUCCAAAUAGAUUCACACCUCAAAUUUCCAAACACUAAUGAAAUAAAUCAAAAUUUAAAACAUACUAUACCUUUUUAUCUAACUGCUGAACAAUCAUUUUCAUGGCUUAUUCAGUCGACUCUCUCCAAGUGUCACGUGACCAGCCUUCUUCUCUUUUUUUCAAAGUUGCAAACCUCACUCCGACCAAUCUCUAUAACAUCGACCAUGUCCUUCAAAACAGCCGCCAAACGAGGCCAGUUCGACUUGGACAGAUACGUUGGCAACCUCAGAGUCAAGACCUAUAAAGAGUUCGCCAAACACUCUCGUCUUCCUACUAUUCCAGCACCAAUUCCAACUUUGAGAAAAGACGAAAGACUUAUCGGUGAGGCCCCUAUCGUUGCAGGCGACUUGGCAUACAUCGUAUCCGGUAAACACAAGGGAAAGAUUAGUAGAGUUCUCCUGUACACCCGUGACAAUGAUACUGUUCUUUUAAACGAGGUGACCAAGAAUGUGGUGAUCCCAAAACAGUACUGGGCUGCCAAUCAAACUUCGCACGUCCUUGAAUAUCCUGUUCCUAUUCCACGUAAGUUUGUGCGUUUGGCCGCUAAGGAAAAGGAUGAGAAGGGAAAUGUUUCCUACGUCGUGGCAGAGGACUUAGUGUUCAAGGAGAAGUACUAUGAUGACCGUUUGAAGAGAUGGGUUCCACGUAGAUUUGUGAAGCAUCACGAGAACAUUGAGAUUCCAUGGCCAUCUCCUAUGUCCGAGCCCAAGGACGACCAAUACUCCACUCUUACAGAGGAUGUCUACAACAAAACACACGAGCUUCAGACUGUUGCAAAGUCUCCAUUCCCCAAGUCCGUUUUGAACGAGCUCCGUAAUCCAUACUCCAAGUUCAAGAAGAGAGAGCUUACUGAGGGUCAAGCAAGACGUCUCAAUGCACCACAAAUGCCAUUGUCGGUUGAGCAGAAGAUCUAUUUGGCUAAGAAGGCCCAAACUCCUGUUAAGAAGCUAGAACCAUUGUCUGAGGAGGCUAAGGACUUGAUUGGUUCCAGAAUGGCGGAGCACCUCGCUAAGAUCAAGAACCCACUUCUAUUGAAGCACUUGGAGGCUGUUUCUCAAAAGACGACACCAGAGUUUCAAAGAGUUCUUAAUGAGAUUGAAGGAAAACAAGAUUGA